AUGAUUACUGACACAAUUGAUAUCUCAAAGGAUCUAUUCGAUUCUGCUUAUAAUUACUUCCCAAUCACAUUUAGACCUCCUCCAAACGAUCCAUACGGCGUGACUGCACAGGAUCUGAAAGAUAGACUGCAGGCUUGCAUAACAUCCACGUCUCUCUUUGCUCCAUAUUCGUUCCCGGCCUUACUAGACAAACUAGACUCAACAUCAGCGAAUGUAAAGCGGGAUGCUUUGAAAGCACUCAAUGGCUGUGUUGAAUCAUAUGGCCCGGUAACCAUAGCCCGGUACUCCAUUUCCAUUUGGGACUGUCUCAAGUUUGAAAUACUCAACGCUCAGGAUGAAGUCCUUCCUGCAGAAUCUCUGCGAGUGCUACAUUCGCUAGCUUCAAAGCUACCAACAUCAUCAGUGAAUGGAUCCAAUAACUCACCGCUUGCGCAGCUCCUAAAGCCGGUCACCAAUGAAUGCAUUGAUCAAUUACGAGAGCCACUGCAGAAGCAGGCAAAACCGGCACGGCAAAUAUUGAGCUCGUUAUCAUCUGCAUCCGCCCCUGCCUUUACCUUGAUAACUGAAUCCGUUAUUCGCCCUUUGAUUAGCAUCUAUCAAAAUGCUGACGGCAUCUCGAAGCAACGCGAGAUUCUGGAAACCUUCGUUGAGCUCUUCAAAUCGGCUGUAACAGUCUUCGGAACGUGGACUACCAUUACUUCUAACUCCAGCCUUCCAAACCCGCUUGUGUCUCACAAAGACGUCCUUACACAAAUAUUCAGUAAAUCGUUAAUGGGUUCCGCAGAAGAUGAAAAUUCAUUCAAGCUCUCAGCGUUGAAAGGUCUCAUAGAACUUUCUAUUCUACCAAAUUUCCUGGAGGAUAACGAAAUCGGUCUUUUUGUGCAGUACUUCGAUGAUAUCCUUCUCCACGAACGAAUUGUUGCGCAUGGAGAAUUGCGCAAGGAAACCAUCAAUGCUCUGGCAAAGAUUUCAAAAAAUAAACCACAGCUUAUCAUUGAUAUUACUUUCCCGGCACUACUAGCGACUCUACCUGGCAUGGAAAAUGGAGAUGACGAGUCCUAUCUAUACUCCCUUGACAGUCUGGCACGGAUAAGCAUUGAAAAGGAGGUUUUCAAUACCCUUGUCAGGAGGUUACUCAGUAAGCUGGAUGUUGUGAUCAGCUCUAAUGGCAAGGGCUCUUCAACCUACACCGCCGCUAUAUUAACGACGAUUCUGUACGCAAUGGAGCAUCGUCAAGACCUAGAAAAAGACCCAAACCUGAACUUCUACUACGAGAAGAUUGUCCAAUCUCUAUGCGGGCGCACUGCUAAAGCGUCUACAACGGGAGGAACGGCCCUGAACCACCCGCGUGUACUAGAUACCCUGGGACGACUUUGUAACCUUAUCAUCUGUCACUUACCACGAGCCACCCAGGAUGAGGUAUGCAAAAACACAUAUGCUCUAUUUACAACCGAAGAAGAAUUUACACCCGCUCUAUUUUCAGAGCAGCCCGCAACUCUCCAGCAAAAACAGAUGAUAAUUAUAUCAACCUAUAUCCUUGCCGCAUUGCCGAAGGAUAUAUCGCCACUGCCAUAUGCCAAUACCGGAAUCGAACCCCUUUUGCAGCAAAGCGUAAAAGCUUCAAUAUCAGAGGAAUCCGAUCCCUCCAUUCAGCUUGCAUUAGGCCGCCAUGUUGCUCUCUUAGCCAACAAAUUCCUUUCCAAGGAGGAAAUUCAGUGUGCUUCAGAUAUUUUAUUUUCACUAAUACCGUCAUCAUCACCUACGGCCCUAUCGCAACAGACUAUUCGAACCAUUUUCUGGCUAGCAAAAGCUUUAAUACUCCGCCUAGCACCUUCAACGACACAGAUACUAACCUCCUUGUUGGACCUGUUGGAUUCCACGGACAAAAAGACCAGCACCCUUUGCGCUAGGGGAUUUAGCAUUCUCCUUGCCGAAGACAGUAUCCUUAACGUUAAAAAUGGAGCUAUUGUUCGUCUUCUAGUUAAACAAAAGGUAUUUACAACCGUUAUACCUUUGAUAUCGGCCCGGGUCCACGAUGCCAAUACAUCUGCCACUACACACGACAAAUCAUCAUUGAGGAAAUCCCAUUCUAAAGAAUCAUACCUUACUGCCCUGUCCGGCCUCUUAUCCACUAUACCAUCAUCUUUAGUAAUGACCAAGUUACCGACACUCUUACCUCUGUUACUUCAAUCCCUUGACCUAAAUUCCGCCGCUGAUCCCUCGCCCCCCGAAUCAUCGCCCACAACCAGCGGCAAUAUCAAAUCCGCCACGCUCAAAACACUUGCCAUUGUUAUUCACGAAAACGGGGUCCAGGUGAUAAACGAAAUUGGCUAUGUGGAAGAUCUCGUUACCCGCCUUUCAAGGACGGCAAAAAUACACAGCAGUACUGAAACCGAUGUAAAUUUGCAAACACCAGAUUCAUCAACGUCAAAGAAGGCUGGCGUUAGCAAUGCCGGUAAUCCAGCGAAAGUUCGAGUUCAGGCUCUUCAAUGCCUAACUCUACUUGCAAAUAACCCUGCUGGACAAGGCGCGGAAGGGGAGAAUAAAAAGGCACUGUCUACAGUGUCUCCCCUACUACGAUUGAAAAAGACUGUUCUCAGGGACUUGCUGUGUGUGCUUGAUGACCCUAAGCGGGAUGUUCGUAAGGCUGCUGUGGAUGCAAGAGCAGCAUGGCUAAGAAAUGUUGAAGAUGAAACAAAUGAUGGCAACGAUUAG